CCCGCGAGUUUUGAGUUUCAGUCUCGUAGCGGAAUCCAGAGGCGGGGCGAGCAACUUGGGGCGGGGCGCCGCCUUGAGGGGGCGUGGCCUUCCGAAAGCGGCUCUGCAGCCACGUCCCACGGUCCCCCUGUAAAGCCAUCCUGGCUUCGAGAUCUUCAGGGCUCCAGACAUGUCUGAAGUGAAGAGCCGAAAGAAGCCGGGACCUAAGGUGGCUGCCCCUGAGCCAGAGAAGCGGAGUGAUGGCAGGAAAAACCCCGAGGCGCGAGGGGGCGCGGGCUGGGCGGACCCCCGCACGGGGCUCAGCCUGCUGUCUCUGGCGACAAGCCUGGGCCUGGCCUGGCUUGUAUUUCAACAGUCAGAGAAGUUUGCGAAGGUCGAAAACCAGUACCGGUUACUGCAAACAGAGAGCAACGAGUUUCAAGGACUCCAGAGUAAAAUCAGCUUAAUUUCCAACAAGCUUGAGUCUACUGAAAAUACCCUGCAGGAAGCUACAUCAUCCAUGUCUUUGAUGACCCAGUUUGAACAGGAAGUAGCUGGCCUCCAAAGAUCCAUACAUGACAUUGAGAAUAGUGAAGAGAAGCUCACACAAAAGUUACAAAACCUUAACGAGAAAUUCCAGAACAUCACAGAUCUCUGGAAGAGAACACUGGCGGAAAUGAGCGAUAACACGGCCAUUUUCAAAUCCGAAGCGAAGAGUACACAUUCUGAAGUCACCCUGAAGAUUAACUCAGCCGAGCAGGAAAUAAAAUUGCUCACCGAGCGCCUGAAAGAUUUGGAAGACAGCACACUACGAAACAUCAGAACAGUGAGCAGGCAAGAAGAGGAGGAUCUUCUGCGAGUAGAGGCGCAGCUUAGCUCGGAUACAAAAGCAGUUGAGAAGCUAGAAGAGGAGCAGCGCACGCUCCUAGCCAGGGAUGAAGAUCUGACCGAUAAGCUUUCCAGCUACGAGCCCAAAGUGGAGGAGUGCAAGGCGCAUUUGCCAACCAUAGAGAAUGCCGUCCACUCCGUUCUCAGAGUCUCUCAGGAUCUGAUAGGGACGGAAAGGAAGAUGGAGGAACUGACUGUGCAGAUGUUCAAUAUGGAAGACGAUAUGCUGAGAGCAGUGUCUGAAAUCAUGGAGAUGCAGAAAACCCUCGAGGGAAUUCAGUAUGACAAUAGCUUAUUAAAGAUGCAAAACGAACUGGUUGUUCUCAAAGGAAAAGUUCAUGAUUUCAUGGCAUAUUCAAGUGCAGGGGAGAAGGGGACUUUGGAAGAAUAUAACCUAGAAAAUAAGGGAACUGAUGAUUAUUAAAUUUACUGCACAUCUUCUGAUAGGCCAUGCUACUAAGUAGGAAUCAGUCAGUCCUGCAUUUUUUAAUUGUUGUAUUCUGCCUCACUUUACCCAAGGAUAGGAGGAGUCUGCAUCUAAUCAAACUUUUAUCUUUUUAAGCUCUGAAACCUACUUUAACUAUUUUCAUAGAAAUAGUUCUAAAAUAUAUAUUGCUCCACUUUUUAAGCAGUAUAUUUAAUAUUUACACGUCUUCCAAUAAUUAAUAGACAUCAUUAUGAAUUGUAUUAUUGUAUCUAUCCAUUAUGGGGACAGAGAUACAGAAAAUCUAUGGCAAAUAUUAAAACCUUUUACCAUUUCA